GCCUGCCAUGCUGCUGCCAGCCACAUUGAAUACAUCACUAGCCAUCACUCUGAGAGCGCAGCGCUGUCACGACCUUGUGUCUGUCUAAUGACGCAGUACAAAGCAGAAAAUCCUACCGAUGAGCACACAAACGGCUUAGCUGCCCAUCAUCACUUGACUGCGCUCUGUCCCAGGCCAUCCAUGUGGGGCUCUCCCUCCCCCUGCUGCUGUUGAUGCAGGUCCUGAGUUUUCUUCCUCUUGAGUUCGUCCCUGGCCGAUUGGACUACACGCUGAAUCUCUGGCAGCGCCUGCCCACUCUCUUCCAGCAGCUCCAGGAUCGAUGUGUGCCGCCGGUCACUCACACGGACACUCUGCACGGACAACACACAACACCUCAUGGCAUGUAUGUUUCGGGGUGGGUGAAUGAGCCCUUGAAGCUUACGUGCACGAGGUUAGCGAAUCGUAUCUUAGCCCGGAUGACCUUGAGCUUCUGUCUCGACACGUGCCUGCGCCAGUUGGUUUGUAUGUUGAUGAUGGACACCAGAUGGGCGCUGCGGUAGCGGGAGAUGGUGCCGCACACCAUGGACACCUUUUUGCCCAACUCGACCCUCAACCAUUCCCCUAGGGACGCCGGGACGGGCGUCUGCAGACUGUCAGACCAAGCAAAUCAAUGCGGAAACAAAGACACACACUUGUGUGAGCCAUUUGCGUGUGCGCGCAUCGGGCGAUCUGUGUGCAUACCAGCUGUCAGCCAUUGCUUGUAUGGUGUGGUAAAAAGAGGCCACAUUGCCGUCGCCAAUCAUCUGCACGUUCAGCCUCUUGAAGAACGCCAGAACGUUGUCGCGCUGCCUGUGCUGCCCUGGCCCGUAUCUGAACAGAGGGUCGCCCUUCCUGCGCAGUCCCAUCGGCGCCGGCGUGGCCAGAAUGAACAGCAGCACCUUGUCAAAAGGAAGCGCCAUCGUGUAGUGCUUGUCCAGACAGAACCACAGAUCCUUCAGACGUGCCAGGUCCUGCCUCCUCAGCUGGAGAGAGAGAUGCCCGGCAGACGCCACACCACUGUUUGCGUAGGUGAAAGCCUCCAU